AUGGGUAAAGUCGGCAUCCGCAACAUCUGUAAAGUCUCUCUGGACAUCCCAGCGGACCAGCAGCCAAAGCUGCACAACCGGUGGCAUCCAGAUGUUCCCUUCGCAGGAACCAUCAAGAAUGGCGAAACUGUGAAGAUUGAAUGCGUCGAUUGGACUGGAGGCCAAAUCGGCAACAACGACAGUGCCGACGACGUCAAGAACGUGGAUCUCACCAAGAUCCAUUACUUGUCUGGACCUUUCGAGAUAGAGACUGCAGAGCCUGGAGACGUGUUGCUAGUAGAGAUUAUGGAUGUCCAGCCGCAUCAAGAUCAUCCCUGGGGAUUUGUAAACUGGUUAAUAACUUGGGUAUUCCUCGGAGGUGAGCUCGCUGAUGAUUUGCUAGGUAUAUUCCAUAAGGAGAACGGUGGAGGGUUCUUGGAUGAGCUUUAUCCCGAUGCUGCCAAGGCAAUCUGGGAUUUUGAGGGAAUCUAUUGCACAUCUCGCCAUCUUCCACAUGUCAAGUUUCCAGGAUUGAUCCACCCGGGUAUCUUAGGGUGUGCUCCAUCUGCUGAGAUCUUGAAGACAUGGAACACCCGUGAGGGAGCGCUGAUUGCAGCAAACGAGCUCGACAGGAUCGUUGCUCAACCUCCCAACCCAACAAAUGUUCACGCCGGAUCAGCAUCCGAGGAGAUCAAGGAAAAAGUUGGUCGCGAGGGAGCCAGGACUAUUCCAGGACGUCCUGAACACGGGGGAAAUUGCGACAUCAAGAACCUCAGCAGAGGUAGCAAAGUCUACCUCCCCAUCCACGUCAAGGGUGCCAAAUUCAGCGUCGGCGAUCUGCACUUCUCCCAAGGAGAUGGCGAGAUCUCUUUCUGUGGUGCCAUUGAGAUGUCUGGUGUUAUCACCAUCAAUUUCAAGGUCAUGAAGAACGGGAUGGCGGAUCUAGGCAUGAAGUCUCCAAUCUAUCUUCCUGGACCUGUUGAGCCGCACUAUGGCCCUGGAAGGUACUUGACGUUUGAAGGCUUCUCGGUUGACCAGCAUGGAAAGCAGCAUUACAUGGAUGUAACUGUUGCUUACCGACAGACCAUUCUCCGAUGUAUUGAAUACCUCCGUCGCUUCGGAUAUUCGGACUACCAGGUCUACCUCCUCCUGUCCUGCGCCCCCGUCCAAGGGCAUGUCGCCGGAAUCGUGGAUAUCCCCAAUGCCUGCACAACCCUGGGCCUCCCGAUGGACAUCUUUGACUUUGACAUCUCGCCCUCCGGGCCAGCCCAGAAACUCGACAUGGGCAGCUGUGCGUACGAGACGGGCGUGACGGAGGGCAAGGUCACAAACGGAGGCGAGAACAGCGAGCACAGUUUCGGGGGCGGUUUGACAUUCAAGGAGAAGAAGCCCACGUUGAUGUAG